UUAUCACGAUGUCGUAUCACGGUAGAUGUACGCGAAUUGUGUCCUCGAGUAAAAUAUACAGUACGUUUAUUUCGUUAACGGUAAAUUAGAAUUUGCAAGAAGCUCGUGUCACUGCAGUUAAUUUUAUGCAUAGUGCGAAUUUCGUCAGAGAUGUAUGCGUUUCAAAAAUGUAUGACAAUUGACGGGAAAGGAAACAUUCUGUUACGAGGGACAAUCGAAAUGGAAUGGAAAUUUUUGAUGAGAGAGCAUGCGGCAGAUGGCGUAUGAUUUUAUGAGUUUGGGAUUUGAGGAGGAAAUGGUAGAAGAAGAGAAAAAUCUGAAAGAUUCUUGUCUGAGCAGAAUGGUGUCUCGGUACGGUAUGGCACAGCACGAUAAUGUGUGGCGGUAGUCUUUAAAGUUUCCGUUCAUGGGAAAACAAGGGGGAAUACCAAAGAAGGAGAGGACAGAUGUGUAGAUGCGUGCCUCGAGGGACGCGUUUUACAGGAUGUUUUGAAUACGUGCCGAUAUCGCGACAGAGGGAACACGUUGAUAGUCUAGAUUUUCGAAGACUCCCAAUUUAUCUGGUUAAAAGUAGUCUCUGGUUUCCGGAGCUAGAUCUUUUGGUCGUGCCGACCGUUGGUUUUCAAAGGCGCAUUCAUAAAUCGAGUAAGACUCAAGCUGUCUCCUUGGGCGAAGAACCAUAUCGUUGAAAGAAAGAAAGCGAGAUGAAGCCAAGAGGGAUACGUGUCUAUAUAAUACAUAGACCGUGUUUACGUUUACGGUUGCACUUCGUCGUCAUCCGAACGAAAUCGAGCGUGAGCAACGUCUGUCUUCCUACUAUCGGACCGGCCAGUCAUCAACUCUCCGCAACCGCUCUGCUGGGAAGUCCGGACGGGUCGCGGCAUCCGCUGGACGUCUGCGAAUUCACCGAAGACGACUAUCGUCAUCAGAAUUCGAACGGAAACGGCCAUUACCAGAACGGCAGGUCCGGCUCUGGUCUCUGGGAAUGUCUGAUAGGCUGCAGACGUCGCUUGGACCAGCACAUGGCUCGGAGACGGGUGGAACAAGGCUUGAAGCUGUAUCGCGCUCACAAACAGCAGGCAGCCGUUCGCAAAUGGAGGGGUGCAUUGAAGAACAUCAGGCAACGAGAGGAUAAGUUCGCUCUUCUCGGCUAUCUGUAUCAAGCCUAUAUGGAUUGGGGCAAGUAUAGAGAUAGCAUCGAUUUCGGGCACAAACAGUUGUGCAUUUCCGAGGAGUUGGAUUCGCCGAACAUGCGGGCAGAAGCGUACUUAAAUCUGGCAAGAGCGCACGAAAGAUUGGGCGCGCUCGAUAGAGCCUUGGAUUAUGCCAGACAUAGCUUGUACAAUGAAUGCGACCAGUGCGCGACUGCUGGAUUGGUUCAUCUGACCGUAGGCAGAGUUCACUUGGAAUUAGCAGGAUUUUGCAAAGCUUUGGAAGCUUUUCAGAGAGCUCACAAAAUUGCUCACUCGAUUCAGGAUCCGUCGUUGGAAUUACAAGUAUACGUGGGAUUGUCAGAGCUGUUCUGCAGAUUACACGACGCCGACAAGAGCGCCAGGUACGCGGCUAGAGCGUACGACCUAUCGAGAAGUUUGCAGCUAGGCGACUUAAACUCCCGACAUCAUAGGGCGGCUCUCCUUCAAAUGGCAGCGGCGCUUCGAAAAAAAGGAGAACUCGGCGACGCCCACGAUUAUUGUUCGGAGGCAACGCGAUUGUCCCUUGUUUCUGGAGAUCAGGCCAGCUACGCCAGAAGUAUACGAAUAAUGGGAGAUAUUUAUAGGAAAAAAUCCGACAUAAAUAAAGCAUUCCGACAGUACGAGAGCGCGAUGGGUUCCGCGGCAGCGACCGGAGAUCGACUCUGUCAAAUGGAAGCUAUGGACGGUGCCGCGAGGUGUCUGGAGGCUCUUCGACUCCAACACAAAAUAUGCAACUGUCGUCCACUCGAAUUCAACACCAGGCUGCUCGAAGUAGCUGGGUCGGUCGGUGCGAAGUUCCUUGUAAGAACCGUGAGAUCGAGGCUCUCGCGAAUUUACGGUUCUCUCGGAGACGAAGAGCAGAAGGCUCAUCACGAGAGAUUAGCCACGGCGAUGGAAGAAGAUUUAGAAUUGCGAUGCGGUGGCUGUAACGAGCCUUUCGGCCUCGAAGCCGAUUCCUUGGAAGCGCUGCCUUGCUCUCAUAUACUGCAUGCCAGGUGCGCGUACGAUAUCUUGAAGAGACGCGACAAAAAGAAGAAACGUCUGUGCCCCGACUGUCACAAGUCCGUUAGUUCACGAUUGUACCUGCAUUGCGAGGAUCCUCACGGCAUGAAUACUUUGAAUCACAGUUCCUUGAGUCUGGCGUCGUUAAGAGCCAGCAGUCUAGCCACGUUGGACGACUGUCAUGUCACUAGCAGCGUUUAAACCUGGCGAUACCUUGCAUCGCAUCUACUUACUUAAGUAAUUGCGAUUUCGUUUUCGAGCUCGAUAACGCGCGCGCUCUUGGAUAACGUUCGGCGUUCACCGCUAACGUUUCGCACGAGUGCAAACACAGGCGCACACGCACGCGCAAAUGCAAGCGCGCCCACUCCUAUAUCCCGAGCCCGAAGGUGCAUAUGAGCAUACACGUUACCCUAUUAUAUUUCAAAUUUUCCGGGUAUACGGAGUAUCGAGCUUGCACAGUCUGCCAAUUAAGCGAUUAGACUUAAUGUUCUUUAACGCGUGGAUCAUCGUUCAACGUUUAAAUUAGGAUGAAGAAAUUUAAAGAAUAUUAGCACGAUUUAAAAAGACUUGAUGGCAAUAAAAAUGCACAUUCAAUUCA